AUGGUCAACGAUCCCACCACUGGCCCCCGCUCUCACCAUGACCACGACUGUCGUGGUGCUCAUGCAGUAGACAUAAACUGUAGGACCGCAGCCCAACUCAGGAAGUCCUACAUCGGUGUACGAGAAAUGACGAACUCUCACUCUUCCAGCUCGUUACCUAGGUUAUCAACACUUAAUCGGGACCCGGGGUCCCAGGCACCGGUACAGACUUCGAGUUCGGCGCCGUCUUUAUUUGGGACUUCGAAUUUCCGGCGCACCCAUAGGUCAACAGUUGCGGGUUCGAGAGAAGGAAUUCCGAUGCAAAAUCUAACCCCGGCUGGAGCUUCGGCGAGGCGUGCAGUUUCAGUGGGGCGUGGAGUUGUGAGCCAUGGUAACAGCUCCAGGCAAAGACGGAGAAGUUGUGGUUGGUUGUGCCUUGGUUACUUCGGCGGCAAUCGCGAAUCCGGAGAACUUCCUGGGCCACAUCCGGACCAGCAUUUGCACAAUCCUCGGCAAGAUAGUAAUGAUGAAGAUGAAGAGCCGAUUUUUGUGCCAGAUGAAGGGCCUCUUCCUAAUCCUGCGCUGGAUCCUGCGCAGAACCCUUCGGCGCAUAUUGCGAGGCAGCUUCUUGUAAAGAGCGGUGAGAUUGAGGAGAUCUCAGGGCCCACUACAGAUGCGGCGGUGCAAAACAGUACUGAUGGUAGGCUACCGGAAAUUCUUGAAGAAGUACCAGCAGAUGAUGGGGAGUUGGCCACUGGUAAUGAUCAGAGUGUUUCGGCUUCGGGAAAUUCAGCGAAUGAAAGAAGUGGAGAAACAUUGCAGUUCGCUCGAAGACCACUUCCUAUCGUACAUCCCGUUGCUACCUCAGGGAUUACUACUGGCUUACAGGCGCUUCCGCCUUCACAGAUGGGAAUUGAUUUGCAGCCUGGGGGUAUUUCCCAGAGAGUUCUGGAUUCACGACCGUACACCGAUUGGCUAUCGUCUAGAUCUACUUAUUCGCAUCCACCCGUUUCUCCUCAUGAACUAGACACCAGUUAUCAAAGACGAGCGAGUGUCUAA